AUCAUUUUCAGUAUUGAAUGCAAUCAGCUCACGUCAACACAGCUCGCUAAAAAUGAGGUCCCCAGUUAUUUAUUUUGUUUUUCUGGUGACUGGAGCGUGUGCUCAAGACAUAAUACCGGAAAUUCCAAUAGAUUUUCCGCCACCCACUACAUCAACUACUACGACAGAAGAAGCUACAAUUCCAACAACAGAAUUCAUCCCAACAACAGAACCAACUACAAUUGAACCCACAACGACUUCCACAACGGAGUUCACUGCAACUUCAACGGAACCCACCACAAAUUCCACCACAACUUCAACAACACAGUCCUCUACAACUACAACUAAGGAACCCACAACAAUUUCCGCAACGGAGCCCCCUACAACUUCAACAACGGAACCGACAACAACUUCCUCAACAGAGUCGAGCACAACUACAACAACUGAACCUACCACAACUUCAACACAGGCAAACCCAGCUUCAACAACAGAACGCACAACAUCCCCAACAACACAAAGAGACACAACUUCAAGGCGACCCUGGAGUUGGAGCCAGCCGUCAGAAAAUUGUUAUCUGAGAGAGCAAGAGGAGUACAGCAGGAAUUGUUAUGGAUGGGGCUGGCGGACAACGACUGUUUGUUAUCGUUGCUGCCAUUAUGAUUACACUGGAUUCGCCGGAUGCAGUAAACUACACAAUGGUCGGUGCUCGCGAUACAAUUAUGAUCGAUGGAAUACACAGACUAUAUAUGAUGCCUUUUUGUUCUAACCAAAGCCACAGCCGAACUCAUUUGGGAGCACAUAUAUUUUCUUUUAUCCAUAAAACUGUUCUGUUAUAACAAAAAUAUAUAUUUAAAAUUAAGAA